GCAGGUUGCUUUGCACCGAACUUUGUAUUGCAUUGAAGGAAACUCUUCGUCACUUGGUGAGAGUCCAUAAGACACUGGCCACUAUGACGUCUCACGCUGAUUGCCGCAUGUAUGAGAGCAAGUAUCCAGAUGUGGAUGAUGUUGUCAUGGUCCAGGUCAAAUCCAUUGCAGAAAUGGGUGCGUACGUUUCGCUGCUGGAAUACAACGGCAUCGAGGGCAUGAUCCUGCUGUCAGAGUUGUCCAGAAGAAGAAUACGAUCCAUCACAAAGCUUAUCAAGGUUGGAAGGCAAGAACCUGUGAUGGUGCUGCGUGUGGACAAGGAGAAGGGAUACAUUGAUCUGAGCAAGAGGCGAGUGUCGCCAGAGGAUGUGGCAGCUUGCGACGAGCGUUUCAGCAAGUCCAAGAUGGUGCACAGCAUAGUGCGGCAUGUGGCAGAGACCACAGGACAGGACGUGGAGGAGCUGUACAAAUGGGUAGCCUGGCCCCUGUACAAGGCCUAUGGUCAUGCUUUCGACGCCUUUAAGACGAUGGUGCAGGACCCAGAUGCCAUCUUCAAGAAGCUGCAGGAUGACUUGAACGACGGCAAGCCCAUUGAUGUGCUCACGCCAGCUGUCAAGGAGGCCAUCGUGAAGAACAUCAAGCGCAGGAUGACACCGCAGCCGCUGAAGAUCAGAGCAGAUGUGGAGCUCACCUGUUUCUCCUAUGAUGGCGUCCUCCAUAUACAGGAUGCCAUGAGAGCGGCAGAGAAGAUGAGCACGGAGGACUGUCCAGUCAAGAUGAAGCUUGUUGCGCCACCGCUCUACGUGCUCACAACAAAUACACUGGAGAAGGUGAAGGGUGUUGAGGUGCUCAAGGAGGCUUGCGCAGCAUGCGCAGAGAGCAUUCUAGCAAAGAAGGGCAGGAUGAUUGUCAAGGAGGAAGCGCGCGUGGUGAGUGACAGGGAUGACAAGCUCCUGACAGAGCAGCUGCUGGAUCUGGAGAAGGCAAACCAGGAGGUUGCAGGUGAUGAUGACAGUGAGGAAGAGGAGGUUGGCAUGGGUGAUCUUGACGUUGAUGCAGUCUAAGCAGACAAAAACCUUUGGCAGUUUGCCAAAGGCCUCGCAAUGGAGACAGUCCAUUUGCAUGCAAAGGUGGUACAACGUUGAUAGAUAAUUAGAUACCCGGGUCAUUGGGCAAUAGCCAAUGGCUGACAUUGUGAGGCUUCCUUUUUAAUGCCUAUACCGGUACACAAAGCUCUUUUAGAACAUAAAACGGAAUUUGGGAACUAAGCUUCACUUGCAAUGUGAAUAAUGUGCCUGUAAAGUACGUGUGCGUCCUGCUGAUGGGCAUUGUAAGCUAACAACAUGAUU